GUGCUCAUUCCUCUCCUCCCCUUCUCCAAGCCGGUGCGUAAUGGUGGAGCGCAGGAUGAACUCUCUAUUGAAAUGGGUGCUCAUCCUCUUCGUUCUCGUCUCCAUCAUCCUCAACAUCGUCUUGAUCGGCAUCCACUCCAGCAGGGCGCCCAAAUGCUCCGCUCAGCGCGUGCACCCGCUCAAGCACAAACACGACGAGCGCAGCUUGGUGUUCGCCGACCUCACCCGGGACGAGUACCUCCAGGUCCAGCAGUACAUGCUCAAGCAGAAAGACCUGGACAUAUCCACUAACCAGAUCACCAGCCCGUCGGAAAACUUCUUGUUUCUGAUAGAUCUGCUUCUGCCCAAGAAGGCGCGAGCGCUCGGUUACUUGGACGGAAAAGGCGAAAAACCGGUGAGAGAGGCGACGGCGGUGGUCUUCCACGGCGCUCGUGGGUACAUUAAGGAGUACGUAGUGGGGCCUCUUCCCAACCCGACUUAUCACAGAGAUGUCACCAAGGAGAGGUUCAAGACGGAGCUGCCCAUCACCGCGCGCACCGUCACCAUCGGAGAGUACCAUCUGCUUUUCGAACUCAUCAAAAAAGAGUUCUCCAAGUUGGAGAAACUCAUGAAAGAGAGCUUCGACGUGGACAUGGACAAGACUGUGAACGCGUUCGAGCAGAUGCCCCGCGGAGUCCGAUCGGGGGACAGAAAGACCUGGAUAUCUUUCUUCAGGGAUUUGAGCGGCAUGUACAUCCAGCCGGUGGGCUUCGAAGUGCAGGUCAACCACGAGAGCGUCAACGCGUCCGAGUGGAAAGUGGAGCGGCUAUAUUAUAACGGCCAAUAUUUCGACACCGCGGAAGAACUGCGCCAAAAAUACGAAGCCGGAGACAUAAAGAAAAUCCUUUAUAAGGAGUUGCCCAAUUAUGGAUCGCUGAAACCCAAAGAGAAGCCCCUGCAGAUCGGCCCGCAGCUGUUUUACGCAGAGGGGAAGCGCUACAGCAUCAGCAACAACCAAGUCCUGUACCUGGACUGGAGCUUCGCGUUCGGGCUCAGCGCCCUCACGGGGAUGAGGGUGUUUGAUGUGCGUUUUAAAGGGGAGCGAAUAGUGUACGAGCUGAGCGUGCAGGAGGCCAUGUCCGUGUACGGAUCCAUUACUCCGGGGAUGAUGAUGACCAAGUUUUUGGACACGAGCAUCGGGAUAGGGCGCUUCGCACACGAACUGGUCCGAGGGGUGGAUUGUCCCUACGAAGCCACCUUUGUGGACACGUACCGGUACAUCGACGUCCCCGCUCCGGUCAGAUUUAGGAACUCCAUCUGCAUCUUUGAGCACAACAUGGGGCAGCCCCUGCGGAGGCAUUUCUCUGACUUUUUCCACAACACGUAUGGAGGGAUGGUGAACAGCGCGCUGGUGUUCAGGACCAUCACAGCGAUAGGGAACUAUGACUACAUGUGGGAUUUCAUCUUCUACCAGAGCGGCUCGGUGGAGGCCAAGGUGCACGCGACCGGCUACAUCUCCUCCUCGUACCUGGUGGACGGUAACCUGAAAUAUGGACACCAGGUGGCGGAGAAGGUGCUGGGCAACAUCCACACCCACUUCAUCAACUUCAAGGUGGACAUGGAUGUGUUGGGAGUGAAUAAUUUCUUCCAGACGAAAGACAUGCAGUAUGUCAAUGUGUCGCUGCCGUGGAUGCCUGAUCGCUACGCUAUGGUCCCUCAGCUGGUGGAGAAUCAGCUCAAAACAGAAAAGGAGGCGGCUCUGCGUUAUGGCACCAAGACUCCUCGCUACCUCCACAUCGCCAGCAACAAGACCAACCGCUGGGGUCACCAGCGCUCCUACAGGCUGCAGGUGUUCAGCUUCACCGGGGACCACCUCCCAGAGAGCGAGCCAGAGGAGAGGGCCAUGUCCUGGGCCAGGUAUAAGGUUGCCAUCACCACGCAUAAGGACUUAGAGCAAACCAGCAGCAGUCUGUACAGUCAAAAUAACAUCUGGAGUCCAGCUGUUGACUUCAGCAAGUACAUCGAAGACAACGAAAGCAUCGAAGACAAGGACCUGGUUGCCUGGAUUACCACCGGCUUCCUCCACAUCCCCCACUCUGAAGACAUUCCCAACACGGUUACCGUGGGAAACGGGGGCGGGGUCCUGCUGCGGCCUCACAACUACUUUAAUGAGGACCCAUCCAUCCACUCUGCUGAUGGGGUGUACAUUGACCCAGGCAACGAAGACAGCUGUGACAACAACAGGAUGGCCUGCCUCGCUAAAGAGACCUGCAGCCCUGUCUUUGAACCCUUCACCUACAACGGUUUCGAGGGAGUCAUGAAGUUUGAGGAGUGGGAAUGAUUUAUUGAGCGCUGCUCGGUGUUAGCCCUGGUGAACUGUUGUCAAUGUUACCAUGUUUAUAAAUGAAGUUUGGGACAAGUAAUGAGUUGCGCUACAUGUGAUUUAAAGUCGCAACAGGCAAGAAAUUGAGUUAAGUAAUUUUUCAGUAAUUUAGAAAACAUGCUAAUUUGCUUUGUUUCCAGAAGUAGAAAAUCAAUACUACUUUCUUGUUUGUUUAUUACAGAUCUGGAGUCAGGCUAUGGCUAGCUUAGCUUUAACAUAAAGACUGGAAGCAGGCAGAAACAGCUAGUCUGGCUCUAUCAAAAGUAGGAAAAAAAACCUCUAAACUUAAUCUUUACACAAACAAAUAUGUAAAAUAAGUCAGUUUAUGGGAAAGUUCAAAACGUUUUCAUCCCAAGUCAUCACAUAUUGCUGCUUUGUCAGUUGACUUCGACAUCUACACAUUAUUCUCUAGGUAUCCUUCUGCAUCUGCUGUUGACAUUUUUACAUGCCGCUACCGACAUCGCAAUGGCAGCAAAAUUAUGCUACAAAAGCAUGUGGUUUUGUUUAGGCAACAAGAGCACAUGGCAACCAAUGCCAGUAUGUCAACAAAAGCACAUGCUUAGGAUUAUGCAUCAAAGGCAUGGAUAGUAAAGUAAGGCAAAAAAGGCACAUGGUUAGGUGUAGAAAAUUAAACAUCACAGAUGGGAAGUAUACAAUGGACUUACACAUGAAUGUCUGGGGUUUGUUGGAUACAUCCACCGCCCCUCCUGCCUGCCCAAUAGGGACCACCUUUGUGCUCCUUAACACCGUGAUAACACCACAACUGGUUCUGUCCGGCUGCAUUCUCAGCGGACGAUGCCCAGUGGCCUGUUUUGGCAUCAUGAUCUUGAGCCAAAAUCAUUGCAAAAGCAGCAGUAUUUGAUGACUUUGGAGUGAGAAUAAGCUGGGAGGUUACACGCUUUAACAAUUUCCUUGUAGGGGUGGGGAAAAAACAUUCAUUCAAGAAACUUUUUUUCAUUUUUUGUUUGAUUUUUUUUAAUGCCUGAAUCAAUUCAAUUCAAUUGUGGACUUUGCAAUUUUUAAUGUGGUAAUCUGUGACUAAAUGUGACUUCAUAUUCAUUUCAGGAAAAACAACCCAAAUUCAGCCAGCCCAGUGCAAACUCCCCACCGGAUUAGGAAACUUUCAAUUGCUGCCGUUACACAAAUUAGACCCAACUCACUGUGAACCCCAGUGUUAGGGUGGCUAGUUAGUAUGUUAGCUCGUUAAUUUAUGUCACAUUUGUGAAAUGAUAAAGAGAAUGAGCAAGGCCAAUCAGUGUGCUGCGUACGGCUCUACAACAGAAUCUGAUUUUACCCAUUUUAAAUACUAAUAAAAAUAAAAAAAUCAAUCAGUGUUGACAUUGUGGCAGUUGCCGCAAAGUAAUCAAUGUAUAAUAAACACUGCAAGCUUGAUGAGCAGGGAGAGCUACAUGUAGCUGUUUCAGUUUAUUCCUAAAAGUCUAUAUUUUUUUUAUCCAUUAUAUCGUAUCAAGGCUAGGCUACAUUUUAGUAAGUAAUUAAGUAUGAAAAGUAUAUUUUCAUAAAGCAGCUUUCACAUAAUAAGUUCACAAAGUGCUUCACUGGAAUAAAAUUGUUAAAAAAUAAGCCAAAUAUAAGUUAUUAGUAAAUUUACCAGUUUUCUAUGCACAAUAUGAUGCUGCUGAAAUAUAUGUCACAAAGCAUGACUGACAUGAGAUGUACAUUGUUUUUGGAGCUAUGUCUCAUGAUAUACAAUAUCUGUUUCUAUUAUUGCUGUGCCCCCCCCCCCCCCCCCCUCCCCCCCCUCUUUCUCUUUCC